CCUUGACAGGUCGACGGGCAAUUUGGAGGUUAGUUGGCCGACAUCGACGACGGCGACAGCGACAACGACGGCGACGACGACGAGCUCUAGAAACGAAGCCAUCCCGAAGACUACCGACGAUAUAAAUUGACGAUUGGAGACCGCCCCAAAAACAAUAAACAUCAUCAGCCGCCCAUCAUGCCUUCAAAACCGAAGCGCUUGCCGCCCGUCAAGAACCUCCGCGUCCGCCAGCCCAACAAGCCCGAGGCCAACCCGUGCAUCCAGGUCAUGACCACCGUCCUCGCAUGCUGGGCCUCCGCAGGCUACAACACCGCCGGCUGCGCCACUCUCGAGAACGCCCUGCGCAACUGUAUGGACCAGCCCAAGCAGCCCAAGAAGCCCUCGUCCACCAUCAACUACCACCUCGGCCGCAUGUACGACAAGGUUAUACCUCACUCCAAGGGCAAGUAGACGAAGCCAAAAAGUGGACUGAGUGAGAAUCACGAGACGAGGGAU